AUGGAAUAUCAGUCCAAGCCCCAAGGCGCGAGCAGCCUCUCUCCAAGUCCGCAGUGGGCCAACGCCAUCUCCCCCAAAAUGAUUUUGCUAAAAGCCCUUGAAAUGCAUUUUUGUAUACUCUGGCGGUUGAAAAUGCGACGCGGCGGAAAUUGGGAACCACGUGAUUCAGAUCAAGGUCCGCCAAUCGGGAAGCCUCAGCAGCCGAGAUGUUUUCCGAACGCGGCUAUUCUUCUAUGGCUGAGGUAG